UAGUAUUAUCAUUAUAAACUACGAACAAUGGCUUUUAAUAAAGUUCUGAUAACAAACCAGUAUUGUUUGUGUAUAUGUAUAAUAAAUUGUUUUCUUUUAUCUAUGGUAUUGAGUGAAAGUGAACCUGUAUAUGAUGGUAGAUUUCAAAUGAUAAUGACAUCCAUAAAACCAGAAGGUGUAAUGUCUCCACAAAUCACUUCAAAAAACCACCUUGGUUUUUUACAUGCAUUUAUAGCUUCUUUGUCUGUCAUUAUAGUCUCUGAGUUGGGAGACAAAACAUUCUUCAUUGCUGCUAUUAUGGCAAUGAAACAUCCAAGAUUAAUAGUAUUUGUAGGAGCAAUCAGCGCCUUAGUUAUAAUGACUAUCCUUUCAGUAAUUUUUGGAUAUGCUGCAACUAUAAUCCCUCGGGUGUACACACAUUAUAUUUCUAUUGUUCUUUUCACUUUAUUUGGUUUAAAACUGUUACGUGAUGGUUAUAACAUGUCUGCAAGUGAAACACAAGAGGAGAUAGAAGAAGUACAGUCUGAUUUAAGAAAACAAGAAGAUGAGUAUGAGAAGGAAACAGGAAGCACAUUAGUGCAGGAUCCAGAAACUGGUUUUGUGAGAAAAGCAACAAAAAUUAGUGCACUAAUGUUUCUCUCUAGGAUAUUUCUUCAAGCAUUUACGUUAACUUUUCUUGCAGAAUGGGGAGACCGUUCACAACUCACAACUAUUAUACUUGCAGCAAGAGAAGAUGUUUAUGGAGUCGUAAUAGGUGGAAUAUUGGGACAUUCAUUUUGUACAGGAAUGGCAGUAUUAGGAGGCAGAAUGAUUGCUCAGAAAAUUUCAGUACGAACAGUGACAAUACUUGGUGGAUUAGUGUUCCUACUAUUUGCUGUAACAGCACUUUUUGUCAAUCCCACAGAAGAUAUAUAA